ACGCGGGGACCUCUCCAGCGCCGGCUGCGCGCCAGGGCGCACCGCCUCCCGCUUCCCUUCAGCCGCCCGGGAGAGGCAUGGCGCUGCUUUGGCCGCUCGGGCUGCUCUUGGCUUCGUGCGGCGGAUUCGGUUCCGGGGAUCCCGGCUUGGCGGCGGAGCCUGGCGGCGGCGGCGACAACACCGAUCCGGCAGCACCGAGUGCGGACAGCAGUGCUGCGCGGAGGUGGGGUGACCGGACCUGCUCCUGGACCGUCGUGCCAAAGAUCAUACAGAACCAAAAGCAUGUGAGCCUGGAGGAAGCAACGCUGAGGCAGAAAGGGUUCCCCGCUCAGCUCCAGGUUGCAUUGGAGAUUGAGGGAGAGCAUCUUCUCUUGGACCUGGCACAGAAUUGGGAGCUGCUGGCCGGCACCCGAGGUCUCGCCUAUUAUCUUCCCGACGGGACACGGAGGAUGCAUCCGACAGGCGCAGAGGGCAAUUGCUGUUAUCGGGGUGGAAUCCAGGGGUACCCUGACUCCUGGGCCAAUGUCUGCGUUUGCUCCGGUUUAAGUGGCCUCCUUGUCGUGUCCAGGGACAGAAGCUAUAGCCUUGAGUCCAGCGAGGAGGAGGGAACAAGGGCCUACAGGCUCGACGCCGUCCAGCAAGAGACAGGGGAAUGCAGGCCAGUCUCUCUGUCCAGCGGACAGCGUCGCCCACAGCCAGAACCAGAGCAAACUCUGCUACAUAGGGCUAAGCGAGAGGCAGAACCUGAGCGUGGCUUUGUGGAACUGGUGAUGGUGGCUGACCAGGCCGAGUUCAAGUUGGAUCCUCACAUCAACCGGACGCAGCUGCGGAUGAUAGAAAUCGCAAGCCACAUGGACGGGUUUUUCCGGAAAAUAGGUCUGCGGGUGGCGCUUGUGGGCCUAGAAGUCUGGAACGACCGGGACCGCGUGUCCAUGGACGGGCCCCCUCAGGAGGUGUUGGAGCGGUUUCUGCAGUGGAGGCAGAAGGAGUUGCUGCCACGGCUGCCCCACGACAGCGUCCAGCUCAUCAUGGGCUCCCCGUUUACCGGCGGCAUGAUUGGGGCAUCCACUCAAGGUUCCAUCUGUUCCCAGCGCUCCGGCGGGGUCAGUAUGGACUACUCUGUCAGCCCCUUGGCCAUGGGCUCCACGCUCUCCCACCAGCUGGGCCACAACCUUGGCCUGGACCAUGAUGGUGCCGGCUGUGCUUGCGAAGGCUCCAGCCCCAGACUCCGCCCGGGCCACGGCUGCAUCAUGGAGCCUCAGACGGGGAUGACUCUGGGACUGACUUUCAGCAGCUGCAGCCAGCAGCGAGUUCAGCAAAUCCUGCAGAGCAGCCGGGCCUGGUGCCUCCUGGACGUGCCUGAGCCGGUCCGCCUGGUGGGCUCACGCUGCGGGAACCGUCUCGUGGAGCCUGGCGAGGAAUGCGAUUGUGGACUCCGGAUGGAGUGUACAGAUCCAUGUUGCAAUGUGAGCACGUGUCAGCUGAUGCCCGGGGCCCAGUGUGCCACGGGAGGAGCAUGUUGUCACGAGUGCAAGCUGCGCAGUGCUGGAUUUGUCUGCCGCGAGGCUCAGAACGAAUGCGACCUUCCCGAAUUCUGCACCGGGGUCUCCCCGCGCUGCCCUGCCAACGUCCACAAACAGGAUGGGAUGUCGUGCGAGGAAGGCGCGGCCGUUUGCUACGGCGGGACCUGCCCCACUUCCUUGAGGCAGUGCCAGGAACUUUGGGGUCUGGAUUCGGUCCCUGUCUCGGAUGCCUGCGUGGUUUCUCUGAACGGGAGAGGUGACCUAGAGGGGCACUGCGGGGAGCGAGCCAACGGCUCCUACCUUCCGUGCGCCAAGAGGGAUGCGAGGUGUGGCCGCCUGCAGUGCCAAGGCAGCAGCGCAAGCGCUAAGAAACGAGCCGGGAAGCCCAAGGAGCCCGCCUGCCCGCAUAACACUCCAACGCCUAUCAACGACAUCCUGGAUUUGGCCAUGGUGCUUCCGGGCACAGCCUGCGGCCCCGGCAAGGUCUGUGUUGACAAACGGUGCCAGGAUCUCUCCGUGUUGAAGCUGGACGUUUGCCAGUGCAAUGGACAUGGGGUCUGUAACAGCAAAGGACACUGCCAUUGCCAGCCGGGCUGGGCGCCCCCAAACUGCGAAAGCAGUGGGUCUGGGGGCAGCGUCGACAGUGGGCCUCCUGCUACGGAUCAAGCGGGUAGCGGCACCUCCACCGCCCUCCUGCUGACUGCCCUGUUCCUCAUCUUGAUCCUCGCCGUUGGGCUGUGCUGCGCCAAGCGGAUCGGUCUCCACAAGCGUCUCUGCCAGUUUGGCAAAGGCACAAGUUGCCAGUACAGUGCGGAGGCAGAGUCCCGAGUCCACUUCAUCCGCCCAGCUGAACCAAGAGGGAUCACACAGCCGGAACCUCAGAGUUACAGUCAAGCCCCACCGGAACGCCCCCGCCCUCCACAGUGGAGGCAAAGCACUGAAAUGCAGCUCAUGCCAAGCUCUAAGCAGCCCGCUGCUCUUGGCGCCCUGCGGCCCAACCCGCCGUCCAAGCCUCUGCCACCCGACCCAAUCCCAAAGGGUCAACAGGCCUUGACCCAGGACAGGCCCGCGCCCCCUACGCGCCCGUUGCCUGCCGAUCCUAUUCCUAAAGGCGCUCAGCCCACCGGCCCUGCCAAGCCGCCUCCACCCCGGAAACCACUGCCGUCGGAUCCCCCCCGGGCUGAACUGUGUGCAGUGCCCAGCUAUGACCCUCACGUCCAGAUGCUGCCUUCCAGGCCUGCUCCCCCUCCGCCUGCCACGGCGGGUGGCCCUUCACCGCACAUCCACGAAAUCUAAUCCGGCCUGCCUUGGCUUAAAGGACUCUACUGCGUUCAGGCCUGCCUCUCUUCAGCUGAACCAGGCAGCAGGGAUGACAACGAGGGACCCUGUUUUGCUGGCUUCGGCCGUGGAUUUUGAAGAGGACUGUUUGCAUCCUUGGCAGGGUCUGGGGGUGGGUGGUCUCCCCACCAUCACCGCCACCAUCUUCUUCCUGUGGCCGGGAGUCACACUCCAAAACUGGGCCAAAGUGCCGCCAUAUUGGGGCCAAGCUCCUCUGCCCUGCUGCGGUUUUGGAAUCUGAACACAAAGAAUUCUGGGAAAGCAGGGGAUGUCUUUGCACUGGGAAUGAAGGGGCAAGAGCCCUCGGUGAAGUGUAAGUGUGUGUGUGAGAGUCUGUGUUACGUUCUGAGAGUGUAUGACGGAGGCCGUUCCCGAAGGGGACCCUCCCUCUCAAAUCCUGGCUGGAAAUAGCCCACAACUUUGGGGUUAGGGUUUGAGGCAGCUUUUCUUCUUAAUAAAAACAAAUCACGUCUCCG